AUGACAAAGUUUUACGAGGAGCGGCUGAGGGAAUUGAGAUUGUUUAGUCAGGAGAAGAGGAUGCUGAAGGAAGACCUUAUCAUGCUCUACAACUACCUGAAAGGAGGUAGGCACUCAUCAAACACAACUUCAAAUGUUGCAACAACCGCUGCCACCUUGCUGGAUGCUGCCAAUUCGAGCCACUACUUGUACGAGUACUUGGAUUAUGAGGAUUACAUGCAGUAUGGCCUCUGCACAAAAGAAGACGUACUCUCCUUCAGCAGAGUAUUCUUGCCAUCUUUUUACACGGUGGUCUUCCUGGUUGGGUUGACUGGGAAUGUCCUCCUGUUUACUGUCCUCAUUAUGCACAUCAAGAAGAAAAAGAAGAUGAGUGAGGUCUAUCUACUGAACCUCGUGGUUUCAGACAUCUUCUUGCUACUAACCCUUCCUUUCUGGGCUCUGUUCAUAUCUCACUCGGUGACCUGGGACAUAUUGUGCCCGGUCUUAAAUGUCAUGUACACUAUGAAUUUCUACAGUGGUAUCUUUUUUGUGAGCUGCAUGAGUCUGGACAUGUAUCUGCAGAUAGUUCAUGCUUGCUCUCCUCGCAGCUCCAUGACACAGAGGAAAUCCAUGCUUGUCAUGUUAGUGGUAUGGGUCCUUUCCAUACUUCUUUCCAUUCCUGAUGGCCUCUUCACCAGCACAAGGCAAAUGUACAACAAAACCAUGUGCGCCCAUGAUUAUGGCCCCAGACACUUAUUUUGGAAAGUUGUCUUUAGAGUCAUUCAAAACAUCCUGGGAUUCCUUUUUCCCUUCCUCUUCAUGAUGUUCUGUUAUUCCCGCAUAGCGUGUGUCCUCACCAUGUCUCAGAUGCCUGGCUCAAGGAGAGCAUUGUGCUUAGUCUUUACUCUGGUGGCUGUCUUCUUUGUCCUGUGGUCUCCUUACAAUGUUGUCCUCAUCCUACACUCCCUGCAAGAUGUUGGUGUGAUUGCGAGCUGUGAAAGCAGCAGGCAAUUGGACUAUGCCAUGCAGAUCACGGAGAGUUUGUCCUUUGUCCACUGCUGUCUCAACCCCUUGCUGUAUGCAUUUGUAAAAAAACGGUUCAGGUUGUAUUUAUGGAAGAUCCCUCGGGCCAUUUUCAAGAAAGGUGGUUUCUUUGACAUCCAGCCCUCAGAUACAAGCCAGUCUUGCAACAGACAUGCAGCUGAAAUAGAAAUGUUGAGUAUCACAAAUGUAUGA